CAUAGCUGCUUGUCUAUUGCAAUCUCAAUCAUGGACAUCUCCCCAGUAUAACUCUCCUCGGAAUAACCCCUCGGUAUAUGAUAUAUGAAAAAGACGGCUGAGGGAGUUAGAAGAGUCAAGGACACGUGUGAGAGAGAAGUUCAACGACUGAAUAUAAGAAUGAUAAACUGAAAAUAACUGAACGGUGUGUGUGGUGUGGUGUUACAAGCCCAUGCCCGUAGUUUGUGGAUGCAGGCGCGCGUGUGUGCGCCCGACGGACGACCCCACAUCUUUACAACCCGGGGGUCGGGUUACUUACUACUGCUACUAUACGGAAUAUCUAUACGGACUAUCUGGUAGUAAGCCUACAGCUAUGUAGCCCUGAUUUAUCCCUCCUCCUUCGCGUGCAUGGUCAGUGGCGCGCUCUACCGGCACAGCUAUCUAUCCAGCUCCCUAAUCACUGCUUCAGACAGACCUAUACCAGAGGUCACAUCUAUUCCAGAGGUCAGGCCAGAGGUCACGUCUAUUUCAGAGGUCAGAUCAGAGGUCACGUCUAUUCCAGAGGUCAGGCCAGAGGUCACGUCUAUUUCAGAGGUCAUGUCUAUUCCAGAGAUCAUGUCUAUUCCAGAGGUCACACCCACGUCAGAGGUCACAUCUAGACCAGAGGUCAAACCCAGGUCAGAGUUCACAUCUAGACCAGAGGUCAUGUCUAUUCCAGAGGUCGCACCAAGAUCCCAGGUCACAGCUAGACCAGAGGUCAUGUCUAUUCCAGAGGUCGCACCAAGAUCCCAGGUCACAGCUAGACCAGAGGUCAUGUCUAUUCCAGAGGUCGCACCAAGGUCAAAGGUCACACCCAGACCAGCAGUCAUGGCUAUUUCAGAGGUCACACCAAGGGCCGAGGUCACGGCCAGACCGGAGGCCAGCUUUGGCUUCAGUGGACUCAGUGGCUCCGACUCGUCCGACGAUGUCUUCGUGCGGCGCCCCCUUGCGUCCAGUUCGUCCAGCUGA